UGAGGGAGGCUGCGUCUGUCGGGAGGCAGAGGAGUCGUGCCGGGCUUCAGACGGCGUUCCUUCAGGCGCUUCGCUGGAAGUUGCUGUUUAGUAAUCGGUGUAUUUUUAGUUUCGCGUCUUGUGGAGAAACAAACAGCCAACGUGGACAGUUUCUCCUGAGUUAAAAGCAUCGUGACAACACGUUUCAUUUAUAAGUUGCUCCGUUACGUUUUUACGCCGUGUGCAUGCGAAAUGUGAUGGGCUGUCGGUGUCUACAUUACAACACAGGUUAAAGGUCAGCAGACGCUUCACAGCGAGUGAAUGUUCCCGCGCUCACAGUAACGCAAAGUGUAGUUUUUAGGAUCUGAUGACGUGCACGCUGCUUUGAAGCAACACGGAUUUAUCUCAUGAAACAAUCUGAACUGUCUUGGUUGAGAUUAUUCGAAUCUUUCCCUACUCGUACUUCAGGUCCAGACUGGCUGAUACUUCCCGUCCUCCCUCCCCUCCCUCCUACAGUUCCCCGUUUCUCCCCCGUGUCUUCUUUUGAAAGCGUCGUGAACGCGCACGGCGGGGCGCUAUUAAAUGGGCGGACUUGUAGGCGCGGUCACGUCCACUGCGGCUCCGGAGGUUUUGACGGUCACAUAAAAGUGCUCGUCCCACCCGCGGACCCACGUCUCUUCCCUCCGUGGGACCGGAUCGGACCUGAUCGGGACCAGCGCUGACAAACCGCGCUCAGCUUAAAGGCGUCCGGCUGCGGAGAGACCCGUUUGACACCGGCGGACGUUCACCGACAUCAGCCACAAUCAAAAGGUAUGAAGUGAGCGACGCGCUCUGUUGGACCGAGGUGCUCGUUUGUGCCAAGUUGCUGAUUGUUUGCUUGCUUUCUUGCCUGAUCUCGCCGGGACUCCGUUUUCCAUUUCCCCCCUGCUGUGAUCGCGUUUCACUCCUGUCAGCAGUUUGACCGUCAGCUCUUCCUAUUCACUCCUCACGUCUAUUAAAGGCCUCCGCGUGCCUCAGACAGCCGUGAGCUGAAGAUGCUGCCUCUCGGGCUGAAACGUCUGCUGUUGCCUGCAUGGGUCUACACAUAAUCCACCUUAUGAACUAGUAAAGUUUCCAUUUUGUUCUGUUUCACCCUCCAACUCUCUCUCGUCUAUUUACACAUUGAUGUUUCUCAGGGCGCAUCAUCUUUACCAGCGUGGCUCGUGAUUUCCGAGGGUGGAAGCGCACGAGCGGACAUUUGAUGCCAACAGUAAGAACGCACUGAAUAAUGGGGGACUCAUUCUUCAACUGCUGUUAUGUCCCACCCCACCCCCCAGGCGAGGAGGACCCCCGCGGACCCACGCGCUCGCACGUCAUGACCUCCCACUCGACGCGCGUCCCCUCCGACAAGCGCUUCCUCAUCUUCUUCGACUUCGACGAGACCAUCGUCGAUGAAACCAGCGACGACAUGGUGGUGCAGGCGGCCCCGGGGCAGCGCCUGCCCGGCUGGCUGAAGGACACCUACCACCCCGGGCGCUACAACGAGUACAUGCAGCGCGUGCUCGCCUACCUGGCGGAGCAGGGCGUCACCGAGAGCGACAUGCGCGGCAUCAUGGAGAAGAUACCGGCCACCCCCGGCAUGAUCACCCUCUUCCAGUUCCUCCGCACGCGCCCGCAGGACUUCGAGGUGGCGCUGGUGUCGGACGCCAACACCUUCUUCAUCGAGUCCUGGCUGCGGCGCGUCGGGGCGCGCCAGCUCUUCCAUCGGGUCUUCACCAACCCGGCCACCUUCAACAAGGACGGCCGCCUGCUGCUGAGGCCCUUCCACUCCCACGACUGCCCGCGGUGCCCCGACAACAUGUGCAAGCAGGUGGUGGUGAGGGACCACGUGGCCCGCAGGACGCACGAGCGGGGCCGCCCGUAUCAGAGGGUCUUCUACGUGGGCGACGGGGCCAAUGACUUCUGCCCCGCGCUCGCGCUCGGCCCACGGGACGUGGCCUUCCCCCGGCGGGACUUCCCCAUGCACCGUCUGAUCACGGAGACCCACGAAGCCAUGCCCGGCGAGUUCAAGGCGGUGACGGUGCCGUGGGUGAGCGGCGAGGACGUGGUGCAACGGCUGAGGAAGCUGGUGGCAGAGUAGUGGGUCGCUGAUGGGGCGGUGGACGCUUGUAGUGUAACUCAGGUGAAUUACUCCCACAGACUAAAGCAAUAAAAUCAUUUGUACUGUCUGUAAUACAUGAAUUGUUGGUUUGUUGCCACAUUAGUAGGUUCCUGAGAGUUGCCACUGCUCAAGUGAGGAAAUCAAUAAUCCAAUGCUUCAGAUUUAGCUGUAAAGAAAAUAACUGGACAUUGUUAGGAGUAUAAUAAUAAUAAAAUUUUAUAACACUAUGAAAAGUAAUUUUAAAAAUGCACAUUCAUUUACUAGGUGCUUAAAUAGUACAAUCAUACAUAUUUUAUUACAAACUGCACUUUUUCAUUGUUAAAUUCGCCUUUGGUCUUAAUGUAUAAAGUUGACCAACAAUGUGAGAGAAGUGUAUGUUUAAAAUGUUGUCUGUCUGUUUUGUUUAUCUUUUGUUUAUCAGUGUUUUUUCUGUGUAGGCCAUGCCUACUAAAGAAUUAUUAGCACCAGCAGGAAUAAAGCCAUCAACUGAAAA